AACUCACGUGACUGAAUUGGCAACCAGAAGCGCGGAGUGACUUCCCGAGAGGGGAGCAGAGGGCUAUCUUAGGCUGUCCAUACCUCAAAAACUCAGAAUGCUCCGACUGUUGUGGCUGUUUGCCGUGCUGGACGCGGUGCUCCUGCUGGACUCCGGCAUGCUGUUCCCCCGAGAGUCCUCUUCCAGAGAGCUGAAGGAGCUGAGUGGACUGUGGGUGUUCAGGGCUGACAAGUCCCCAAACAGGAACCAGGGCUUCGAGAGAGCUUGGUACAAAAGUCGCCUGGCAGAGACUGGUCCAGUGAUUGACAUGCCAGUUCCAGCCAGCUACAACGACAUCACACAGGACAGCACACUGAGAGAUUUUAUUGGCUGGGUGUGGUAUGAGCGAGAGGUGGUGGUGCCUACCCGCUGGAUCACAGAUGAGGGAACCAGAGUGGUUCUCAGAGUGGGAAGUGCUCACUAUUAUUCAGUCGUAUGGGUGAAUGGGGAGAAAGUGACGGAGCACGCAGGUGGCCAUCUUCCUUUUGAGGCAGAGAUAGGCAGUUUAAUCCGGAAGGACCCGGCUCGGCCAUGCAGGAUCACCAUCGCUGUCAACAACACCCUGACUCUGGAGACUCUUCCUCCGGGAAGCAUCCAACACAUGAACGACCCCGUCAGGUAUCCUGAAGGGUAUUUUGUGCAAAAUAUAUACUUUGACUUCUUCAACUAUGCUGGGAUACAUCGUCCUGUACUGCUAUAUACUACUCCUAAGGUGUAUGUGGAUGACAUCACAGUGGUGACUGACUUCCUGGAUAACACAGGUCUUGUUAGAUACCAAGUGUCUGUCAAAGGCGCUGCCACAGCCACCCUGAAGGUUACGUUGAUGGACAAGGAUGGCCAUUGUGUGGCCUCCUCCAGCGAGGCUUCUGGGUUGCUCAAAGUGGUCGAUGUCAAGUUGUGGUGGCCGUACUUGAUGCACAAGAAUCCUGGCUAUCUUUACUCAAUGGAGGUUCGCCUAAUGGCAGCUGAUGAGAGAUCAACAUACGAGGAUGUAUAUGCUCUACCAGUGGGCAUCCGCUCAGUCAAAGUUACCAACACUCAGUUCCUCAUCAACAACAAGCCUUUUUAUUUCCAUGGGGUCAAUAAACAUGAGGACUCUGAUAUUCGAGGUAAAGGCCUGGACUGGCCUCUGAUUGUGAAGGACUUUAACUUAAUAAAGUGGUUGGGGGCCAACUCAUUCCGUACCAGCCACUACCCCUAUGCUGAGGAGAUCCUGCAGAUGUGUGACCGCCAUGGCAUCGUGGUGAUAGAUGAGUGUCCGGGGGUGGGCAUCAAAGACAUUCGCAGUUUUGGAAACGCCUCUCUGGACCACCACCUGGAUGUCAUGAACGAGCUUGUACGGCGGGACAAGAACCAUCCCUCUGUGGUCAUGUGGUCCGUAGCCAAUGAGCCUGCUGCAGAGAUGCAACCUGCUGCGUUGUAUUUCAAGACUUUGAUAACACAUACUAAAGCUCUGGACCCUACCAGGCCCGUCACCUAUAUCACAGACAGUAACUAUGCCAGGGACAAAGGGGCUCCUUAUGUGGAUGUGGUCUGUGUGAACAGCUACUUUUCCUGGUACCAUGACCCAGGUCACCUGGAGGUCAUCCCUAUCCAGCUGAAUGCUCAGUUUGAGAACUGGUAUGGAAAGUACCAGAAGCCCAUCAUCCAGAGUGAAUAUGGAGCAGAUGCAGUGCCAGGGCUUCACAGCGAUCCACCCAUGAUGUUUACUGAGGAGUACCAGAAUGCAGUCCUUCGGAGCUACCAUGACAUAUUUGACCAGAAGAGGAAGCAGUAUGUCGUUGGUGAACUCAUCUGGAACUUUGCCGACUUCAUGACUGCACAAGGGAUCACUCGUGUGGUGGGCAAUAAAAAGGGUAUUUUCACCAGGCAAAGACAACCCAAAGCCGGAGCAUUCAUUCUGAAGGAGAGGUACUGGAGACUGGCAAAUGAAACCGGCAGACUUCCUCCUUGGACCAAGUACCCCUGCCCACUCUGACGUGCUCCAGUGUUGAGGCACCCAGAUGACGAGAGGCUUGAUCCCAUGUAAACAGUAUGCCUUCUGGAGUAAAGUUGGUUACAGUGCUGGCCCUAAAACAUUUCACUGUGAACACAUAAGGUCAGACCAUCGUGAAUCACAAAAAGCCACAAUAUUCUACUGUGUGCAUUUAAAGAACCCUCUAUGAUUUAAUGUGUGGAAAAAAUUGCACGAAAAUAACAUUAAGAGUAGUUUUUGUAACAGAGAUUCAAAAACGCAACUUGUUCAUGACGUCACAAAAGGGAGCGCAGCUGAGCGACGUUAGGUUUGAUAAUAAGAAACAUGGACCCCAGCAGCAGUUUUGACACUGAAGAGGUCAAAAAUGUAUAUUCAGAAAUAUAUACGAGUCCACACAAUUAAUCCUGUAGUUGUGAGCUUGCCAGGCAUAGAAGAGACCAGAACAGACAAGGAUGAGCAGAGAUAAAGGGCCAUAGGUGAAAAUCUGUGGUGUGAGGACAGAGCAGGUCAGAUGUUAUGGUGUCUUGGUGAGUCACCAACACUGGAUAACUGAACUAACAUAGUUUGACAAUAAGUUUGCUUUGAUCUAUGACAGAAAUUAAUGUAUCAUGAUCAGAUGGUUAUAUUUUAUCUGUCUAGUACAGGGGUCGGCAACCCGCGGCUCUUUCAUCCCUCUGUUGUGGCUCCCUGUAACUUUGGAAAAUAAUCAGCAGACUAUUUAAUUAAAAUUUCUUUUAUUUUUGAUUGUUAAUUUUUAAAAAUAUUAUUCUAAAUUUGAAGAUUAUGGUGAUCUUGUAACAUCAAAAUAAAACAUUUUAAAUUUUUGUCAAAAUAUGCCUCCCAACCAUCAAUCUCUGACACUCGCUGGCCUGCGUGUAUUCAUCUGGAGUCCUGUUAAUCUUCGGAUCCCAGUGUUUGCUCUACGUUCAUUCAGCAGCAGCGGGCCACCUUUCCUAAAUCCUAACUGUCGCUCCUUCAAAUUUCUUUCUUUUUUAUUGUCGCAAAUACAGCACCGCUCCACGUCUCCGCCUUCACAGCAGAGUCCUCCAUUGUGUCGGGUAAUUGUGAGUACUAAGGUAAACUAUGGAUAAUCAUCUUGCUCAGUAUCUACUCUUUGAUAUGUCGGGUUAAAACGACGUUACUCGCGAGAGCACGGCUAGAUGUCACCUCCAGCAUCCACCAGGUCAGAGGGUCAGAGGAGUGCGUUUUGGAAAACAGGGCAGCGACUUACCGGAGAAAAGUUAUUAGCUUAAGAUAAAUAGAUAAAUAGAUUUUACAAGUUAAAUAGACAUUCGCAAAAUAUUGAUUUCCAUCUAACAUUACAUAACAUAUGAGGUCCAGGAGCAAAAAUGACAUUAAUCAAGUAAGAUAAAUAUUAGUGGUAGGACACGAUUAAAAAAUGAAUCUAUCUAAGUAGAGGCUUUGUAAUUAAUUAAUUACGACUUAUUAACAAGGGCAUAGAGGUAAAACAGCGAUAUAUGCAGUGUCGUCUUCAUUUUAAAUGCCAAAAGGAUUUUGCGGCUCCUGGUGUUUUCUUUUCUGUGGGAAACGGGUCGAAAUGGCUCUUUGAGUGUUAAAGGUUGCCGACCCCUGGACUAGUAUAAACACACAGUUUUAUGGUGGUGAGAGAUCGCUGAAAAAAUUUGUGUUCACACGCUAAAGAUUUACAGUUUGCGUUCAGCUGUUGUUUGAUGGAUCCGUAAGCACUGCUCCUGCCCCCCAACACCACAAGCUUCUGUUGAUGGUGAAACUGAGGUGGCUGUGUGAACUGAAGGAACCUCACCCGCUAUCAGUUGCCCUAGCUUAGACAUCCCAUACUGAACUCCAUCAUAUCUCUUGAAACGUAAUCUCCCGUCUAAACUGAGCGCUGCUUGUGUCUGUGUUUCACAUCAGAUUCACAUCUCUUCAUCUGAUCAAAACUGGUCGAGGCACGAGAGCAGCUUCUGGUAAAAGAACAAAAAGUGCGGACUUGAUGUCCUGACAAGCUGAAGUUUGGGGAACAUGCAAAAACACAGUAAAGUACCAUGAUGACAAAUUGUGAUAUGAAAACAACCGGGAAAAAAAAGACUGACAGACUGGCUACCACCGACUAUCACACAGUGUCCAGAGACCACUCCCUCAUGUGACGUAACAUGACAUGUUGUGAAAAAAAGGGGGGUUCUAAGAUUUACUGGCUUUUUAAGAACUAAAACAUUAACACUAUAAUAACUUUUUCCGGGAGUGUGGAGCAUUUUGCGAACACAUGACAUUUUUAUGCACCAAAAAACUCUAGUGCCUCAUGGAAGUUGAUCAGUUGUGAUAUGAUGUCCUCAGAACUAGAGCCUGAUUGAUAUGAAUAAGCAGACAUUAUUGGCCUUUGUUAUAUUCCAUGUAACGCGACCAUUGGUAGGGCAGCUCAAAUGAAAUUUCAUUGUAUAUGAAAGUGUGCAAUGACAGUAAAGGUUUGAUUGAUUGGUUGAUAAUCGUAUAAAAAGAAUAUCCGUCGCUACAUUGAUACCACAAUUAUUUUUCUCUAAAAUCUGUAAUGACUUUGGGCCCAGUUGUGGUCAGGCUUCUUUAAGGACACAUUUGCUGGGCAUGAUUUCACAUUUAAUUUUGUUUCUAAAUUUUUCUCUUAGAUGAGUUUAAUGCAGGUUUGACAAUUUAAAAAAAAAAAAAAAAGACCCCAGACUCAUGUAGAUCUAAGCCUGUCUGUCUGUGUAACCAUGGUAACACUGACUAGCAUAAACUGACAAAAAAGGGAUACCCAUCAUUUGAUAAUUGGUAAUAUUGUGGAGCUGGAAAGUGGUGGUGGCUGCAUUUUUUUCAAUAUUAGAAGCUUUUGGUAUUGUUAUGUUGUUUGCUAAAUUUUCUGGGUAAAAUGUCUUAAAAUACCUCAGGGAGAUAUUAUAUUUCUGCUGGAGCUGUACAAUUGGUAAGCCAAGUUUUAAUUUACCCAGAGUUCAUAGCAAACUAGUCCUGAUUUAGUGACGGGCUGAACAAUCUUAAGCAGCUAAGUUUACAUGUUUCUCUAAAGUCUGACUAUUAGCCAGUGCCCAUCUUUGUGAGACCAGUGCCUGAGUGGAGACCAGGAGAAUGAAUUUAGUGUUUACAGGAUAUUCUGACACAAAUAGAUGAAGUGGAGCAUUCAAUCGUUGGCAUUAAAAGGCAGGUCAGGACCAAUAAAAUCUUUCUUCACCAGUAAUAGCUGCCCUUUGCUCUAGUGUGAUACGAAUACAGCUGGCAGAGAAGCACCGACAAUACAAAGACACUGUCCCCUCUCAUUUAUUUUACAAAGUGUGUCUGAGGAGAGAAUUUAUAAAAUAAACUGUGUUUGCAGCCUAUGUUGGAAGUUCACAAAAAUGUAACCUGUCAUUUCUGUGCAACCAAUCAGAAUGUAUGUUUUAGCUUUUAGCAAGACAUGAUGGUAAUGUGAUUUUCAAUGCUGAAUCAAAAUGCUUUAUUUUUUUAAACAACUGAAAAUAUAUCAUUUCUGACAUGUCAUUUGCAUCAAGGUAUUAAAGACAAUAUACUCAAUA